UUCAAACAUGGCGGCGCACUGACAAAUGUCACAUUACUUCUGACGCUGAAAACAUCAAAUUACCGGCUUUAACAUAUCGCAUGUCAAGGAAUUAAAACGUAGGGACUACUGGGAAGAUUUUCCUUCGCAUAAACCAACAUCUACAGAGGGUAACCCAGCCAGCAGCAUGGUUCACUUAUCCUCAUUCCUGCUGAAGAAUUACCACGGGGGCUAUGUUGUCAUAAGACUGGCUCUUGCUGGUCACAAACAAGCCAACAGACCAUUUUAUCGGAUUGUGGCGGCAUACAACAAAAGAGCAAGAGACAGUAAAUACAUAGAGCAGCUGGGUUCUUAUGACCCCCUCCCCAACAUCAACAACGAAAAACUUGUCAGUUUCAACUCUGAUCGUAUCAAGUACUGGAUCGGCAAUGGUGCUCACCCUACCAAGCCAGUGGCCAAACUCUUAGGCUUGGCGGGAUUUUUCCCUCUGCACCCAAUGACGAUAACAGAGGCAGAGCGCCGCAGAGCACAAGCAGCACAGACAGAAACAUCAACAGCAGAAGAGGGCAAUCAGGAGGAGUCACAGAAGGAGGCUGAAGUGUAAAUACUGCAGUCUGGGACUGUGUGGGACUGUCCAGCACUAAAGGAUGUCUGUUAUAUAGAGAGCAAUUUUUUUUUCUAACAUGUCGGAUGAACUUUAACACCGAGUUGUGGUUGCUUCAGCAGCAAAUUUGAGAAUUUCAUGAUUAAAGUGUUCUUGAUGAAACUCAGCUUAAGUGCUCUGAGAGCAAAGUAUUUGUAUAUGUGUGUGAAAUAAAGUAAGUCAGUAUGGCAUGUUUGAGGGGAAGUUUCCUUUUUAAUAUCUUCAGUCCAGAAUGGAUUUUUACAGACAUUAGGAAUCUCGGCAAACAUUUUCUUUAUUGAUAUUUUGCUAGCAUUAAUGAUGACAACAAUCUGUGCCCUCUGCUGUACUGAACUGGUACAUGUGCAUACAGCACAACUAUUGAAGGAUGUUUCUGUCACAGCCGAGAGUUUAUCUUUGGAGAUGUCUUCAUUUGGACUUAAUGAGACUCGUGUUUAUAUUUGGGUAGUUUUUUAUUCCCAAGUUCUUUGAUGAAAAAAGUUCCUCACAAAUGUGUUAGCUUAAAUCUUUACAUUUAGAGAUAAGCAAAAGGAACCUCCCAAUCAGCAGUGGAUCCUGCAUUAAUUACAGUAUUUAUACUGUAACAAUUUUAGAUGUGUAUUUACAGGCCUAGUGUGAGGAUCAGCACAGACUACUUUCCAGCCUUCAUUAGAGAUUUCAGAUUGCAAAUCCUCUCUCCACUUAUUCAGUUUUACCAUCUGAAUUAGAUAUCAGGAAGUUGUAAAAUCCAGAUAUGAUGCGUUUUUCAUACAGUCCUUCAUUAUUGUUUUUCUAUUAUUGGUUGUCAAAGCUUCUAAGUCACCAGUAUUUGAAGAAAUCUUUCUAUUAAUGUUGUAUUUAGACAUCAGAUCCCCAAAGGGCAUAAUUGAGUCUGAGCCUGAUUAAUAAAAGUCUGACCAUUUUAAGCCCUUUAGAUUCCCAUAAUUUAAAUGUAACAUUGGCUCUUCCUGGAGUAGAGAACUGAUUGCCUCAUAUCAGACUGUAGUGUGACAGUGAGGUUCUUUGAAAUGUUCUUUCACAUUAUACCAUAUCUUUAUCAUGUGCUUCACAAUAUGAUUUUUAGUUUGUUUCUGUAGUUUUUCAUCUGUAUCUAGGUAUAUGCACAUUGUAAACUGUAAAUUAUGAUUCUGAGAUUUCAUUUCAGUCCAAUGAGGAAGAUCAUUUGUUGAAAAAUAAAACAUCAUAGAUCUCA